UGCUGCAGGAUCGAUCGCAAUGGAGAUGGCAUCAGCACUCGUUCUCCAGUUUCUUCUGCUCGGAUUUGCAUCAGCGGCUGGUGUUCUCCAGAACCCCGACUUCGAAACGCCGCCGCCCGGCUCGCCGGCGAACUCCACUGCGCCGUUCCUCCUCGGGGAAAACAACACGCUCCCCGGCUGGUCGUUCGGUGGCCAGGUCUACUACCUGACGGAGAGCGGCGGCGGCCACGCCGUCCAGCUGGGCCAGGAUGGCAGGAUCAACCAGACUUUCGCGGCCUCCGCCACCGACUCCGCGGACUACUUGCUCACCUUCGCGGUCGCCUCGCCCGGCGGCGCGAACUGCUUGAGCAACGGCAGUGUCGUGAUCUCGGCGCCGGACAGUCAGGGGGUGUUUCCGGCGGGGCAGCGGGCCGUGUACGGCCAGUUCCUGGGGAGCUGGGGAGACGGGGAGGCGAUCGAUCUGGUGAUCGCAAGCGAAACGACAGAGUCCGACGCCAAUGCGACGUGCUGGCCGAUCGUUGACUCGAUCCUGCUGAAGAGCAUUUCGAGUCUCGUCAAAGCAAAUGAUAAUGAAUUGGUAAACGGUGGAUUCGAGUUCGGCCCGGAGUUCUUGGCAGACUCUGCCGAGGGAGUUCUGCUACAAGCGGCGCAGAGCCCUGUUCAAUCGCCGUUGAGACAAUGGUCUAUCCUCGGAACCGUCAAGUACAUCGACGCCAAACACUUCUUUGUUCCUCAAGGAAAUGCUGCGGUAGAAAUCGUCUCGGGAAAUUCAUCCGGCAUACAAACGGCCGCUCAACUAACAAAGGAUUCUUCAUACACAUUGGAGUUCAUGCUCGGGGACGGGAACGACUCCUGCAUUGCCGAUUUCGAAGUCAGGGCGCAAGCAGGAUCGGUCCUUCAAAACUAUACGAUUCAGAGCAAGGGUACAGGCUCGGCGCAGAAGUUCUCUUUCAAGUUCAAGGCCGAUUCGGAUACUGGCACGACACCGAUCAGCUUCGUAAGCUAUACGAGUAGCCAGACCAAAGAUGAUGUGUUUUGCGGACCGGUGGUCGAUGAUGUUGUUGUGCGAACUUCGCUUGGCCUCAAAUUGGCAAUCCAGUGGAGUCUGCCAUCUCUGCUUUUACUUGUCGCUUAUGUGAUGAACAACGAGCGAUGGAUCUGACCUUGAACGUGCUCUUCGGUAAAUGACAUUAUCUUGGGCAGGCGUUAGAAUUUUUUUUCAUUGAGAUGUUUCUGGGGAUUUUUUGUUUUUCGACUGAUGACAUUUUGCGAGAAAUUUUCUCAUUCUUCAAUGGUUUUGAUAUUGAUAUAUUACAACCUGACGUGUAUGUUUAACCACCAUUUGCUUGUAUAGGAUGAAAUUUACUCAGCUGGGCCAGAAAAACUAAGCGCCUGUACGCUAAAAGAGAUACAAAACUGGAAAGAUAUCAAAGUUGUUUGGUGACAUUCAGCUAUACACUGCA